AUGAGAAGCACGGCAGUGUCCUGCUCUGUGCUUCUCCUGGUGCUAUGCUUGGCAUUCAAAGCCACAUUGGCACAGGCAAUUGGCGCUUGUGGGCCAGGUGGCGCGUGCAGUUGCUCUGGAACCACCGUGAAUUGCUUUAGCCAAGCGCUGACCGAUAUUCCAAGCGGAAUACCAACAAAUACCACAACCCUAACUCUGAGUUCCAACCAGCUCACGCGCAUUCCAGCAAAUGCCUUUCUGGGGCUGUCAAAUCUGACGACCUUGCAAAUUUCUCAAAAUCAAAUCACCACCAUUGCCACAGCUGCGUUCACCGGGCUGGCUCGUCUCAGACAGCUAACACUGGACGGAAACAUCAUCACAGCCGUCCCCGAAAAUGCAUUCGCUGGAUUGUCCGCGCUCACGUCCAUGCGCCUGCACGACAACAUGAUCACGAGCCUUUCCGCCAGUACAUUCACAGGACUGACAGCGCUGACUGAGCUGACGUUGAGUGACAAUCCCUUGACUACUUUACCGCCUGGUCUGUUCAAGGGCUUGCCGAACAAUCUCAGAUUGUCCGUCGUCAAUGGUCAAGUGUUGGCACCCAACAGCUUUGUUGGCAGCACGGCUCCUCCAAGCACCUACGGCAACGCGUCCUCGCCCAGGCAGUGUGAUACCGCCUGCGCAACGUGCUACAACGCUGGCGCUGCGUCAUGCUGUGGGACAAACUGCCUCUCCUGCAACUCGACGGAUUUGUGCACUCAAUGCUACGACGGUUAUGAAAUGGCGAGUGGGUACUGUAUCGAUCCGAGCAGCACGUCCCCGAGCAGCACCAUCGCGGACAAUGUAUCGAGCACUGCUGGUGAGGCGUCCAGCACUCCUGGUUUCAAUGCUACGAGCACCGCUGUGUUCAAUGCGUCGAGCACUGCUGUCAAAUCGACGACUGCCGCCUUCAAUGCUUCGAGUACCGCAGUGAAAUCGACGACUGCUACUUUCAACGCAUCGAGCACUGCAGUGAAGUCGACCAGCUCUGUGGUCAACGCUUCGAGCACCCCUGCAUUCAAGGCUUCGAGCACGCCUGCUGUCAAUGCUUCAAGCUCUGAUGUUGAUGCAUCGAGCACUGCUGUCGAUGCGUCCAGCACUCCUUCGUUCAAUGCUACGAGCACCGCUGUGUUCAAUGCGUCGAGCACUGCAGUGAAAUCGACGACUGCCGCCUUCAAUGCUUCGAGCACUGCCGUGAAAUCAACCACUGCUGCUUUCAAUGCAUCGAGCACUGCUGUCAAGUCGACCAGCUCUGUGGUCAACGCUUCGAGCACCCCUGCAUUCAAUGCUUCGAGCACGCCUGCUGUCAAUGCUUCCAGCUCUGACGUUGAUGCAUCGAGCACUGCUGUCGAUGCGUCCAGCACUCCUUCUUUCAAUGCUACGAGCACCGCUGUGUUCAAUGCGUCGAGCACUGCUGUCAAAUCGACGACUGCCGCCUUCAAUGCUUCGAGUACCGCAGUGAAAUCGACGACUGCUGCUUUCAACGCAUCGAGCACUGCUGUGAAGUCGACCAGCUCUGUGGUCAACGCUUCGAGCACCCCUGCAUUCAAUGCUUCGAGCACGCCUGCUGUCAAUGCUUCCAGCUCUGAUGUUGAUGCAUCGAGCACUGCUGUCGAUGCGUCCAGCACUCCUUCGUUCAAUGCUACGAGCACCGCUGUGUUCAAUGCGUCGAGCACUGCAGUGAAAUCGACGACUGCCGCCUUCAAUGCUUCGAGCACUGCCGUGAAAUCAACCACUGCUGCUUUCAAUGCAUCGAGCACUGCUGUCAAGUCGACCAGCUCUGUGGUCAACGCUUCGAGCACCCCUGCAUUCAAUGCUUCGAGCACGCCUGCUGUCAAUGCUUCCAGCUCUGACGUUGAUGCAUCGAGCACUGCUGUCGAUGCGUCCAGCACUCCUUCUUUCAAUGCUACGAGCACCGCUGUGUUCAAUGCGUCGAGCACUGCUGUCAAAUCGACAACUGCCGCCUUCAAUGCUUCGAGCACUGCAGUGAAAUCGACGACUGCUGCUUUCAACGCAUCGAGCACUGCUGUGAAGUCGACUAGCUCUGUGGUCAACGCUUCGAGCACCGCUGCAUUCAAUGCUUCGAGCACGCCUGCUGUCAAUGCUUCCAGCUCUGACGUUGAUGCAUCGAGCACUGCUGUCGAUGCGUCCAGCACUCCUUCUUUCAAUGCUACGAGCACCGCUGUGUUCAAUGCAUCGAGCACUGCUGUCAAAUCGACGACUGCUGCAUUCAAUGCUUCGAGUACCGCAGUGAAAUCGACGACUGCUGCUUUCAACGCAUCGAGCACUGCUGUGAAGUCGACCAGCUCUGUGGUCAACGCUUCGAGCACCGCUGCAUUCAAUGCUUCGAGCACGCCUGCUGUCAAUGCUUCCAGCUCUGACGUUGAUGCAUCGAGCACUGCUGUCGAUGCGUCCAGCACUCCUUCUUUCAAUGCUACGAGCACCGCUGUGUUCAAUGCGUCGAGCACUGCAGCGAAAUCGACGACUGCCGCCUUCAAUGCUUCGAGCACUGCCGUGAAAUCAACCACUGCUGCUUUCAAUGCAUCGAGCACUGCUGUCAAGUCGACCAGCUCUGUGGUCAACGCUUCGAGCACCCCUGCAUUCAAUGCUUCGAGCACGCCUGCUGUCAAUGCUUCCAGCUCUGAUGUCGAUGCAUCGAGCACUGCUGUCGAUGCGUCCAGCACUCCUUCUUUCAAUGCUACGAGCACCGCUGUGUUCAAUGCGUCGAGCACCGCUGUGUUCAAUGCGUCGAGCACUGCAGUGAAAUCGACGACUGCUGCAUUCAAUGCUUCGAGCACUGCCGUGAAAUCGACGACUGCUGCUUUCAAUGCAUCGAGCACUGCUGUGAAGUCAACUAGCUCUGUGGUCAACGCUUCGAGCACCCCUGCAUUCAAUGCUUCGAGCACGCCUGCUGUCAAUGCUUCAAGCUCUGAUGUCGAUGCAUCGAGCACUGCUGUCGAUGCGUCCAGCACUCCUUCUUUCAAUGCUUCGAGCACAGCUGUGUUCACUGCAUCGAGUACUGCCGUGAAAUCGUCCACUCCCGUUUCGUCUAGCGCGACUGUCAAAUCUACAACUGGCGUCAGCUCCUUCACGUCCACUGCAAAGCAGACCUCUGCAACGUCAACGACUUCCACUACCGCCACGUCGAAGGCCUCCACAUCGACUGUCAAGCCAUCCUCUACAACGGCCUCGUCCAAACUGUCGAGUACCAGCAAGUCGUUCACCGCCAGCUCAAGCAGCGUUUCGUCGUUCAAGCCAGUGACAACACCGACCUCAUCCGAAACGUCAUCAUUGAUACCUUCCUCCUUCACGUCCCCUGCAAAGCAAACGUCUGCAACGUCAACGACCUCCAGUACCGCCACGUCGAAGGCUUCCACAUCGACUGUCAAGCCAUCCUCUACAACGGCCUCGUCCAAACUGUCGAGUACCAGCAAGUCGUUCACUGCCAGCUCAAGCAGUGUUUCGUCGUCCAAGCCAGUGACCUCAUCCAAAACACCGGCCUCAUCCAAGACGUCAUCAUUGAUUUCUUCCUCCCGACCAGUGACUUCAUCCAAAACACCGGCCUCAUCCAAGACGUCAUCAUUGAUUUCUUCCUCCCGACCAGUGUCGUCCAAUACACCGACUACUUCCAAAACUUCAUCUUUGGUGGUUUCUUCCUCCCGACCAGUGUCAUCCGCAACGCCGAAUCCGACGACUUCGCUCUACCUGUGGCUGGCUCUACCCUUCGGAGCUUGCAUCGGCUCAUGCGGCAACGGCAUUCAGUCCAGGACAGUCGUUUGUGUUGCCGCUGCCAAUGCAUCGAACAUUGUGGACGACAGUUUGUGUUCUUGGUCACCGAAGCCGGUCUCUGAGCGGUUCUGCGAGCCCUGCCCGACCACGUAUGAGUGGGUGAUGGGUAUCUUCAGCCCCUGCACGUCGCCUUGCAGCACCGGGUUGCAAUUCCGAUCUGUUCGAUGCCUGUCGUCCAAUGGACUGCUGGUUGUCGACGCGUACUGCAAUGCUACGGUCAAGCCAGCGACCAACCAAACUUGUACUGGUGGUAACGCGUGCAACUGGUACACCAGUGCCUUUUCGAUGUGCGCGGGUCCAUGCAACAGCACCUCCAAUCAGACACGAUCAGUGUUGUGCAUUGACGAAACGGUUGGGUCUGUCGUCUCUCGCGAUCAGUGCAGUGUCGCGACAAUUCCAAGCACCACACAGAGCUGCAGCACGCCGGCAUGUCCAGUCAUCGAGCAGUACGACUGGGUCGUUGGCGCUUUUGGUGACUGCUCUGCGCUAUGCGGUCCCGGCACGCAAACUCGGAAUGUCAGCUGUCACUCCCUCACAAACGGCUCCUAUGUGAGCGAUGCACUUUGCGAACAAACCAGCGCGCGUCCCACUUUGUACCAGGCAUGCGAAGUCCAGCCUUGCGUCUACUCGUGGUUCUAUUCCUCUUGGAGUGGCGUGUGUGCCUAUCCGCAGUGUACCCAGACCCGCAAUCUGCUCUGUGCCAACCAAUUUGGCAUGUCUGUGCUGGCAUCCUACUGCUACAACAAUGGUGAGACACAGCCCGCGUCGAGCAGCCCUUGUCAGACAGAGUCUUGCACCAACACCCCAGUUGACUGCUCUUGCACGGACUGGUCGGAGCCGUCGUUGUGCUCGGCAGACUGCGGCUCUGGCACCCAGUAUCGUUACCGCGUGUGCACGGAGGCAGUCUAUGGCGGAAAUACCUGCGCGGCUCUCAAUCUGACUGCCACGUCGGAGGCACUGGCGUGCAACACGCAGCCCUGCCCAGUGAACUGCAACUGCACGGCAUUCCGUCCUACGAGCAGCUGCACCAAGUCGUGCGACACCGGCACACAGACGUUUGAGCGCACUUGCACCGGGCCCUUCAACGGUGGCUUGACGUGCGCAGAGCUCGGAUUCGACACGGCGCCCCGCACCUUGGUUUGCAACACUCAAGCCUGCGGAGAUACGACACUGCGCAACUGCACCUGCGGCGAAUGGUCGGCCUGGUCCAACUGCACGCGCAAUUGCGACACUGGCGCGCAGAGUCGCUCUCGCAUCUGCACGGAAGGAGUGAACGGUGGAGCAACAUGUGAAUCGCUCGGUCUGGAGCGCGAUGAAUCACGCACGUGCAACGAGCGUCCUUGUGCCAUGCCGGUGGACGCGCUUGCAUUCAUGCUAGGCUUUGAUGGCACAGACAACCAGGCUCGCCGCAGCACUGACUCGAAUGAAGCGUCUCCCAUCAUCGGGCAAGCCGUCAAGUUUGAUGAAAACUCUGCUGGAAUUGUUGUUGACGCUUCCACUGCUGGCGGCCUGUUCCAGUUCACCUUUUCCAUGUGGCUCUUGCCGGCUAGUGACGGUUCCCUGCCAGCUGAUGCCCUUCUUGUGCGUCUGCCUGGCGACUCUGGGAGCGCUCUGUCACUCCGAGGUAACGAGCACCAAGUUCUGGCCCCUUCUGCAUCAAUGGCCACUGCUUUCAUUCAUGACGGCACAAGCACGCCCAGCUCGAGCAACAGCUGGAAGCACCUUGCGCUGACGUGGGAUGGAACGACCGCGCGCUUGUAUCUGAACGGUGCACUCGUCGAUUCGGCGCCGACAGAUUCGUCGUUGGAGUUUAUUCCAGGAGGCGAGUGGGUCGUUGGAUGCAUCGGCGACGGGUCUGCCUGCUACCGUGGCUUGAUCGACGAGGUGUCGCUGUGGACAUCGGCCUUGUCUGACUCGAUGCUUCAGGAGCUUGUCCAGCGUGGCCAGGAGCAUUUGGACGUGUACGCGCAAGUGUCUGCGGUCAAUCCUGCACCCCCUCAACCCCCUGGUGGCGACGACGACACGUCGGAUUCCAACAACUUGCCAAUUAUCAUCGGAGCUGCCGCUGGCGGUGCGUGUCUUGUGACUGUGCUGGCAACCAUUCUCAUUCGUCGUCGCGUGCGCGCACAGCAUGCCGCUCGAGGUGCUGCCAACCAACGUCUCGACUUUGAAUCGUCGUCCAGAGCUCCGGUACCGAUGCAGUCAAACGCCUUGGUCGGUUCACAGCCGGCCCAACAGCAAGCGCAACCAGUGGUGCAGCCACCCCAGCAAGCGCCGCAACAAGCAAAGUCGCUGCAACAGGUGCAACCUCUGCGACGCCCUGCGUCUUCUGCUGGUCUCCAGCCCGCCGACGUGUACGCCACACCGGUGCGUGCGGUGCCCAUUCCAUUGCGGGAGCAGUCGAAGGCUGUCGUGGUUGGUCCAAACUCUCGACCCGGUUCGACGCUUCUGCCCGAGCCCGCGGCCUUCCGGGCUACCCACAAGUUUGUUCCGCGUCACGGCGACGAGCUGUCCAUGGAAGUGAACGACGUCGUGUACAUCCUUUCCGAGUGCAGCGAUGGAUGGUGCAUUGUCCGUUCGCGUCGCGGCAAGGGCUUGGUCCCGCGCAAUCGGCUCGUCGCGCUGCCGCUCCGAGCAGCAAUCCCCUCCUCCGAAGCUGAGCACGUGUACGAUCCCGUCACACCCGACCAUCUGUACGAUCCCGUCACACCCGACCAUCUGUACGAUCCUGUUACACCCGACAUCGACAACGUGUAUGAGCCCGUCAACCGUGAAAAUCUAUACGAUCGGGUUGCCGACGCCAUCGAUCCGCGUCCAAGCGAGACUUCUGAACCCUUGUACGAGCCGCGAUACUCGCUUCCUGCGACAACGUCCCCGAAUUCCGAGCCCUUGUACGAGCCUCGAUAUUCCACUCCUGCUUCGUCUUCGAUCCAGCCCGAGCACUUGUAUGACAACUAGAAGCAGCCUGAAUGUUUGAAUGUUUGUGCGUGCGCGUGUGUGUGUUUUGGUACCUUUGUGUUUUUUGGAUGUGGUUUUUCGGUCUGCAAUGCACAGUAAAUUUGUCGAACGAGU